CAGAUCUCACGCUCCAAAUACGCGCCCUUGUCCUCCCAGUUCCCACCCCGAACUCGGCAUGUCGACUCACUCCACCGAGUCGCGACUCGCCGCCGCGCCGCCGACCUCCUCCUCCUCCCCGAGCGACUCCGAGAAGGCGUGGCACCUCCUGUCCCUCCUCCUCUCGCUCGGCCGCCCGUCCAGCCCCCUCGAGCUCGCCUCCCGGUGCGAGCUCUUCCCCGCGCCGCCCGAUCUCAUCCGCCGCCUCUGCGGCGUCCCGGGAUCGCCGAUCCACCUGGCGGACGGCCCCCUCGUCACGCUCUCGCUCGCCGCCCUAGCCUCGCUCGCUCGGUUCCUGACGAGCUCGAAUCUGGUCGGCUUCUUCUGCUCGCCGCCGGUCGAGAGGUUGCGCUUCGGGAAGCGGGAGCGGAGCACGCUAGAGCGCGCGAGUCUGCCGCCGGCGAAGAGGAGAGCGAGUUCGGACGGUUGCGCGGAUGGGACAGUCUGUCCAGAUGUUGGAGAGGGCAGGAGUUGCGGUCCCUUCUUGUGCUUCUCUGAGGGGAAUCAAGACGGUCGUAAUAAGGUUCAUUUAUGUAUUAACAAAGACAAAGUCUGGACAAUAAACAUAGAGCGAAGCAAAAUGCCAGACAUGCAAAGUAGUCUGAUAACGACUCCUUCGCUGUUUGUCAAUGCUACUACGAAACGGUUAGGCUUGUUUCACAACGACACCGACCAUGAAGGUCAAGAUGAUACAUUAAUGAACUUUGCAAUGGAAAAGGCUCAGAAAGAUGGAGUUACCAUGAAUUACCCAAAUAGUUCCUGCAAAGCUGAAGAAUUUUUGGACAUAUCAAAGAUUCAGACACCUGGAAAUGUGGUCCCUCCUAUAUCUUAUCUGAUGCCAAAUGUUUUCCGUAGAGUGUUGGAAAAUCCUUUCAUGUGCAAAGAGACAACUACUGAAAAAAUAAAUUCCACUGAGAAUGAACACUUCUGUCAAGCAUUUUGUGAAGGGGUGAAUGGAGAAAAAAUGAUGCUGAAUGAGGCUGAAAAUGCAGAUCAUGCCCUUGAAGGAACAAGUACACCCACUAACAAUGAGAGAAACAUGGCAGAUGGUCAAAAAGAAGUAUCGGUGAGUCCUAUCAGACUCACAAGAGACAUUAAGGAGACUAACGUGCCAUUUGAUGCUACUACGUUGGACAGAUCAUCUGAAACAGAAUUUAAGAGGAGGUCUGAGGUAAAUUGUCUCGACAAGAGACCUUCUAUUGGGAGCAAAGCUUCCUUUCCAGAAGUUGAGCUUUCUGGUAUGCAGAAUCUUUUGUCAAAACCUUCUGCCAAGAUGAAAGCCAAUCACAAGCAUGCAGGGUCUCCGAGUAUGCAAGCUCUCUCGAAAUCUUUAGAGCAUAGAAAAGCUGUUCAAACUUUGAAGGAACAGGUGAAAAGAGGUCAGAAAUUGAGCAAUCUGAAGCAGCAAGCAAAGGAUGGUCAGAGUGGCAUGUGCUAUCAGGAGAGGAAGGGAACCUCCACUUCUGUAUCUCUUAAAGACCAAUUGGAGACAAAAGUACUGCCUGAUUUUGAAUCUUAUAUUGUGGAAGAAGAGGAAGGUUCAGGUGGUUAUGGUACCGUUUACAGAGCACGUAGAAAAGAUGAUGGAAGUACAGUUGCCAUUAAAUGUCCUCAUGCGAACGUAAAUCAACACCACAUAAAUAAUGAGCUCAAGAUGCUGGAAAAAUUCGGGGGAAAGAACUUUGUAAUAAAGUAUGAGGGCAGCUUCAAGAAUGGAAAUUCUGAUUGCUUUAUUCUGGAGUAUGUAGAACAUGAUAGACCUGAGGUGCUCAAGAAAGAAAUAGAUAGUUUCCAGCUACGGUGGUAUGGCUAUUGCUUGUUUAGAGCACUUGCUGGUCUUCAUAAGCAGGGAAUCGUUCAUAGAGAUGUGAAACCAGGCAACUUCCUUUACUCUUCCAAGGCUAACAAAGGUUACCUUAUUGAUUUUAACCUUGCCAUGGAUCUUCAACAGAAGUAUGGAAGCAAAAACAAAUUGAAGUUGGGGUAUACGCACACAGAAGAUUUCUACCCUCUUUCAUUUCAGAAUCCAAAAUCUCUUACUCCAACUAAGAAUGGGAAGUCCACAAGGGCUAAAUCUUUGAGCGCACUCAAGUUGGAGCUGGAGGAGGUAAAGGGUUCAAAGUCAAUUGUAGAUCCCAGGAACUUGAAAAGAAAGGUUGUGGACCAGAAGAAGUCUUAUAAUAAUUUAGCUAGUCGCAAUGCAAUAAGGAGCCAAGGUCCAGAUGGUUCAGGCAUAACUUCUACCAGGGAUUUGACUAGUGGUAGCACCCCUUCAGCAAAAAGGCUGCGGGAACCUUUGCCACGGCAAGGUCGAAAGGAGCUUAUAAACCUUUUGCAUGAUGGGAUGCACACGAAUCAUGAAGCAUCUAGCGUUCCAGCUACUCUGAGAAAAAGAGUAGCUGCUCCUCCCAGAAAAUCAGAAGGAAAACUAUGUAUCAUCUCACCGAUGCCUCUUCAUUCAAGAGGUGUUGCAGUUUCUGGUGCUGGCUUGAGAAGGAGUAAGGGUGAUCAUGGUAAAGAAGGGCCUUGUGUAGGGACCAAGGGCUUUAGGGCUCCAGAGGUCUUGUUGAAAUCUCCACAUCAAGGGCCAAAGGUUGAUGUCUGGUCAGCUGGGGUCACCUUGCUCUAUCUGGUGAUUGGAACGUCGCCCUUUCUUGGCGAUCCAGAGCAGAAUAUUAAAGAAAUAGCAAAAUUGAGGGGCAGUGAAGAUCUAUGGGAAGUUGCGAAGCUACACGACCGCGAAUUCUCAUUUCCUGUGGAUCUUUAUGACACACAGUCCUUGGCGUCAAUGAAUCUGCGUGAUUGGUGCAGAAAAAACACAAAGAGGCCGAACUUCCUCGAGGUGCUCCCGGAAUCACUGUUUGAUCUUGUGGACAGAUGCUUGACAGUGAACCCAAAAGCGAGGAUCAGUGCAGAGGAAGCUCUGAGGCAUGAGUUCUUCGCACCAUGCCAUGAGGAAUUGAGAAAGCAGAAGCUACUCAGACUGGGGUUCAACCAAGACUCGGGAGUGAGCCCUGGCAUUCAAAGAAACGAUCAUCAACCGCGCAACAUCGCCUCACAAGCUAGAUAAGUUGGUUAAAUGACUUUCCUCUCAUGGUCUAACGCUCACUGGAAGCUUUCCCUCGGAACCCAGCAUCGUCUCCUAGCUUUUCUUAGAGAAGUCUACAGCGUUAGAUGUUGUACAAAGAUGUAACAUUUAAUUUUUGGCAUUCCUUUCCAUUCUUUUGUAAAUUGCGAGAUGCUCGAGCUGUUGUAACUAAACAUUAUCCAACAUCAAAAUCCCAGCUGUAGGUUAUAACAAA